CGGUUUUAACGGCUCGGCGUUCGAACUGGCCGUGCGGCUGUGCCAUGAGCGCUGAGGAAGCGGCCAUAUGGGGCUAUCGCUCUGUACGGAAACUGAGGCAGCCUGCAAGUACCACAGAGGCGAGUAGCCCUCUUUGUGAACCAUCCGACGGCUCGCCUCAAGCAGCUGGGCAAGAGAGUAAGCCGGUUCCGCUGAGGAGCCGGGGCAAGGGAGCCAGAUCCCAGCGCCGGCCUCAGAGGAGGCCCGCUGAUCACUCAGCAAGAGAGAGCUGGGAAGCCUCCAGUCAGGAGUUGACCCCUCCUGCAUCAAUCACAAGCAAAACACCCCCAGAGCAAGCCACAUGCAAACCCCUGUCCCAGGAUGAAUGUCCCAAUGUCCCCGAUGGGAAACAAAUCACCAGAAAGGCCAGGCCAGUGCAUGACGGCUACUGCCCUAUCUGUCAAAUGCCUUUCUCUCUGUUGCUUAUAGAAACGCCCCGGUGGCAUGUGUCAGAGUGUUUGGAUACUCCAGGUUGCACAGAUAAUGACUGUCCAGAUGGCUUGCUUUGUAACAAUACGAUUCCAAGGCACUACAAACGCUACUCCCACUUACUGCUUGCUGAAAAUAGAGCAUUGGGUCAAAAUGAUGUUCAAUCUACAUUUCUCAGUAGUUCAGUGAGAGAUACCUUUGCAGUUUCACCAGAUCUUAACAAUAAUCACCAAUCCUUGCUGAACAGUCAGUCAUCCCAGAUUGAAGAAUGUCUGACAAACAAAAAUCAAAAUGCUCUACUACUGUUAAAAUCUCCUGCCAUCAAACCUACAAGGAAAAGCUCAAGUAAAUUCAAAGCUACAAGAGGAACAAAAGGAACAACUUCCCCUUCUGAAAAAGUUUCAACGGGUGAUGUGUCCACUGCAUCACCCAGUAACCUACACAGAAGAUUGCCUCCUUCAGCAUCACAGUUAACAAUUGAAGAAGAACCUUGGAUUAAUAUUGACAAAUGUUUUAAUGUGGCAAAUGUUAAUAGUACAAUAGUAGAGCUAAAACGUUUUUCAGAAGAUAAAUCUACUUUUGUCCUUGCUUCAAAUGCCAGCAAGAGCAAGGAUGAUAUUAGUUACUCUCCCCUUUGUAGUGAUGAAAUUCCAGAUCAAAAUAGGUCAUCUUUUACAAGGAGAAGAUUGUUUCAUGGUCAAACUAUGAAUCAUAAUUGUAAACUUGAAGAUUACACUUUUUCUGACUCUGGGAAGCUUAAAAACCAUGGGCAGGAAUUGGUUCAUAAAUCUGUUGGACUUAAGGACGCAGUCAAAACUGACAUCGAGACUAUUGCUAUUGAUCCAGAUUCCACUCCAUUAACUGACAGUGCAAAUAUUAUAACUAAAAGUAGAAAAAGUAUUGCAACACAACCACAACAGGCAAAAGCUGUAUUGUCAGCACUUAACUGGAUUCCAUUAGGUAAUGAGAAGAUUGAACAGGUUAGUAAUUGGUCACAACCUAAUUUAACAGAAUCAAACUUGAUUAAAUUGGAACCAGCACACUCAAGUUCUGAUAAUUUACUAGAGCCUCUACAAAUUAAACCGGAACCAAUCAAAUCAUUACAGCUUACUCAAAAUACUAUUGUGCAGGAACUUUGUAACUACCAAACAAGAAAGGAUGAGAGAGAGAAUUCUAGUGGUCCCAUGAAGAUAUCAGUACCUCAGCAUUCAUUAGUUUUGCCUUCAUUCAACAUCAUGAAACAGGGCAGCUCUCAUCCUGAAACUCCUAUUUUACAAAGCAUUGGAGUUCAAAAAAGUGGAACAAAGUCUUUGGAAAUGGCAUCAUUGGGCUUGUUGGAGAGACAUCCCAUAAAAAUCACCAAGAGGAGUGCUAUAAGUAAAGAAUUAAAGCAAACUGAUAUUGGAGUUUUUUUGGGACUUCAACCAAAAAUUAAAGAAGAACAAGAAUGUCCAAAAAACAUACCUCAAGGAAAAGCAAAGGAAUUGAUUUCAGAGAUUUCAUAUAAUGAAAGAAGGCAAAGACAAAGGAAGAGGAAAAUAGAAGGUUCUAUAGGUUAUGAAGCUUGCAUGGACACUGCAGAUAAACUCCAAAUAGAGCUUAGUGAUGGGCAACAAGGAAGAGCAAAAAGACAAAGAAAUGGAGUAACAACUUACCAAAAAAAUAAGCAGUGCCCUUUUUACAAGAAGAUUCCAGGAACUAACUUCACAGUGGAUGCCUUCCAAUAUGGUGUUAUUGAGGGUUGUUCUGCCUACUUCCUUACUCACUUUCAUUCAGAUCAUUAUGGAGGCCUUACCAAGAAUUUCAAAUGCCCUAUUUACUGCAGCACAAUAACUGGCAAUUUAGUGAUUUCUAAGCUUAAAGUGCAGGCUCAGUAUAUCACAGCUCUACCCAUGAAUUCUGAAUAUGUUAUGGACGGAGUUAAGGUGGUGCUUUUGGAUGCAAACCACUGUCCAGGUGCUGUCAUGCUGCUGUUCCAGUUUCCAAGUGGUAAAACACUAUUGCACACUGGUGAUUUUCGAGCUAAUACCUCCAUGGAGCGCUACACUCAUCUUGUGGGGCAAAAGAUUCAUACUCUUUAUCUGGACACCACAUACUGCAGUCCAGAAUACACCUUUCCUUCUCAGCAGGAAGCCAUCCAGUUUGCUGCUAAUGUUGCUUUUGAAACUGUAAGGAUGAAUCCUAGGACGUUGAUUGUCUGUGGUACUUAUUCAGUUGGAAAAGAGAGAGUCUUCCUAACUUUAGCUGAGGUUCUUGGAUGUAAAGUUUGUAUUACCCGAAAUAAACUAGAAAUUCUACAAUGUUUGGACUCUGAGCAGAUAAACUCAAUCAUCACUAUGGACUGGGAAAGUUCUCAACUUCAUUUACUGCCUAUGAUGCAAAUUACUUUUAAGGGUUUACAAGCGCACAUGAAUAAGUUCCCAAGAAAGUAUGAUCGAGUUGUGGCAUUCAAACCAACUGGAUGGACAUUUUCUGGCCUGAGUGGUACAAUACAUGACAUCAAGCCUAGAGUCCAAGGAAAGUUUACUAUUUAUGGUAUUCCUUACAGUGAACAUAGCAGCUAUCUUGAGAUGAAGAGAUUUGUACAGUGGUUGAAACCAGAUAAAAUAAUUCCUACUGUUAACAAUGGAAGCUGGCAGAAAAGGAAUAUGAUGGACAAAAUAUUUAAUGAAUGGAUGAUUGAAGCUGAGUAGGGGAAAGUUGCACAUUUUUAAUCAACUGAUCUUUUUAAAUGUGUAGAGAAUGUUUGCAUAUGUCCAUUUUGAUUAUUUUAGCAUUGUUCUGAAGGAGGUUUAAAAUGAAUGCGUGAUUGAAUUUAGUAUGUAAGUAUUGUAAAGUAAUGACAGCAGAAAUCUAUAGUUUAUGUAACUAAACUGUACAGAUUAUAUGAAUAAAAUAUUAUAAAGUGACUGAAAUGUGUAACCUUAAAUGUUCUGUAUCACUUGACUAUAGCCAUGCAGAAAGAUUUUUGGACUUUCUUGAGAAAAGUAGUUAUACUAUGCUAUAUAAAUGAUUUGUGAACCAUAACCAGAAGUGACUUACGGAUUGGCCCAAGUAACAUACAUGAUGGUAAAGUUCAAAGUUUUGAAUUAAUUAAAACAGAAAUGAGAAAUAAAGAUGAGAUGUUAUUGAACCCCUCUACUGUAUUAGAAUUCUGUAGAAAUUGAAAUCAUAGUAAACAUAAUUUGUUUUCGUUAAUGGAUUCCUUGGCAAAUACAAUACAUGUAAACUUGCAAA